CUUGCUCCCAAGAAAGCUCAUUGACGACAUGGCCCCGAACAAUGUACCUACAUCCGUCCAUUGACGUUGCUUGGAUCUGUAAAUUCCAGGACAAAGAUACCUCAGACAUGUUUCAAGUCUUAAUGUCGGUCCGGCCCGAGUCCAUCCCACUUCCACAAGUUGUGGACACCAUCAUGACUUACAUCACUGAGCUAUUGAAUCCAGGAACAAAGCGAGUUUGUUUCGAUUCGGAAAUAUGGAUGUACAUGCUAUAUUACGAAGCUGGCUACUCGGUGUUGGUGAAAUCACUUUCGGGCUUUGACAUCAUCAUAGAUUGGGAUCAGAUCAUCUGCGAGGGAUCCUGGAAAGUGCGCUGGGCAAGCCGCGCAGGUCAUGCCGACGAGGGAGUCAAGCUGGGUUCUUCCGCAGACCUGCGCCGUAUACUGACGCAUCAUACCAUGCUAGAAUAUGAUACACAUUUGCGCGCCCUGGUGGACGAGAAAGGAUGGGUGGUCAGAGCCGAGGUCGUUUGGUCGGGAUGACGAAUUCCUGUUGAGAUUCCGCGUCUGAAGGGACAUGAGUUGUACGUGUGAUGGAGCAAUGAGAAGUACGUUGAAACUGCACUCAUAUAGGAAAUACUGUUAAUAUUCCUGUUUUCGAGCCGAGUGGAGCAAAGCAAAUAUGAAGUUGUCC